AUGCCGUACAGGGAUCUCGUCUCUUAUACAACGAUUCUGUCAGCUUAUGCUAUUAGCGGGCAUUUGGAGCUAACGAGACGUGUGUUUGACUCCAUGCCGGUAAAGAAUCUUGCAGGAUAUACCUCCAUGCUGAUAGUCCUUGCUAGCAAAGGUAAAGUUUGUGAGGCAAGGUUGGUUUUUGAUUCUAUGCCCAUGCAAGAUACCGUGGCCUGGACUUCUAUGUUUGUGGCAUAUGCCCAAAACCGGCAUUUUGAUAGCGCUAGAGCCUUGUUUGAAAACAUGCCCGAGCAAGACUUAGUGUCUUGGAACUCAAUGCUUUCAAUGCUAGUCCUUACAAGUAACCUGGAAUAUUUGAAAUACCUUUUUGACACCAUGCCUCAGCGAGACAUCAUCUCUUGGACCAACUUGCUUACUGCAUAUGCCCAAGCCGGGCAUCUCGAAGAAUCGAAACGAAUCUUCGACGAGAUGCCGGAGCACAACCUCGUGUCGUGGACGUCGAUGAUCUCUGCAAGCUCGCAAAACGGCAACUUGGUUGGAGCGAAACAAAUCUUCGACGACGUACCUCAGAGAGACGAAGUUAUGUGGAACUCGAUGCUCGCUGCUUACACCCAGAACGGGCACUUGAUCCGAGCCUGCCACUUCUUUUGGGAGAUGCCACAGCACGACUUUGUUUCCUGGAACUCGAUGCUCGCAACGUACGCCCAGAACGGGCACGUCGUCGAGGCCAAGGCCAUCUUCAACCGGAUCAAACUCUUGAAUCAUUGCGACGAUGUCUGCUUUCUCUCUAUCCUGAUAGCGUCCAGCCACGACGGAGACCUCUACACUGCCAGGUCCCAUUUUGUGUCGAUGAGCAUGGAUUUCCGGCUGCAACAGACGAAGCAGCACUACACUUGCAUGGUCGAUUUGCUGGCUAGAGCCGGGCACCUCAACGAGGCACGGGAGCUCAUGCUAACGAUGCCGUACCUCACGGAUUCUGUCGACUGGAAGUGCUUCCUCGGUGCCUGCCGAAGUCACAGUGAUAUCCGGGGCGGUGGCCAUGCUGCACAGCGCACGCUUGAGAUGGACUCGAACAAUGGAUCGGCUUACUCGUUACUCGCUAACAUCUACUCCAUGCGUACGAGAGAGACUGGGGGAAGUUUAUAG